GCGAGCUCCCCAAUCCGAAUCCCCCGACUCCUCGCUUCCUUCCCUUUGUGGCCGAGGCCCCACGACCCGACCUCGCCGCCGCGCCCCUCCGAGAAGAGAGGGAGGCGGCCGCCCCACCCCCGCGACAUCCCGCCCGAAUCCCCCGACCUCGAUCGGGUUUGAUCCAUGGCGUCGAAGAGGAUCCUGAAGGAGUUGAAGGACCUGCAGAAGGACCCGCCCACCUCCUGCAGCGCAGGUCCUGUGGGUGAGGACAUGUUCCAUUGGCAAGCCACUAUUAUGGGGCCAUCAGACAGCCCGUUUUCCGGUGGAGUAUUUUUGGUGAACAUUCAUUUCCCACCGGAUUAUCCUUUCAAGCCGCCAAAGGUAUCAUUCCGCACCAAGGUGUUCCACCCGAACAUUAAUAGCAAUGGCAGCAUCUGCCUUGACAUUCUCAAGGAACAGUGGAGCCCUGCCUUGACCAUAUCGAAGGUGCUUCUGUCAAUCUGCUCGCUGCUCACGGACCCAAACCCUGAUGACCCGCUUGUGCCCGAGAUUGCUCACAUGUACAAGACUGAUAGGGCCAAGUAUGAGUCUACUGCACGCUCCUGGACGCAGAAGUACGCCAUGGGCUAGAAGAAGGCCAACUGGUGAAUGUGCCGAACCCGCCAAUCGAUAUCACCUGCCGAACCCGCCAAUCGAUAUCACCUAAAUAACCAGCCAAGACUCCCCCAACCAUAUGAAGGACUUUUGAGGGCUAUUAUCCUGUUGAACUCAUGUGUAACCUUGUGAAGUCCGUUUGAGUCUGGUAGUCUGUUCUACCCGACUGUUCCGUUAUCUGAAGUUGCUUCAUUAAUCAUAUUUAUAUAGUAUGUGGUGUCCGUUGCUUGCA